GGUAACAUGGGGACAAAGUCGAAGGGAGAAAAUGUGAAAUUAAACUGUUGCUAAAUCAGGAAUGUGUACACAGUUUUGAAUGUGUCCUCAAUCCCUCCAGCAGAGUUGAAUGUUGCUGUAAGUUAGUGCUGUGUUCAUGUGGUUCCUCCACCAGGAGCCGCACAGGAAGCUGAUAAUCAGAAAUGGGGCAGAAAGGGAUGAAGGUGAAAAAGCUUCCCCUAAGGGUUGAUUAUCCUAACUUGAUGACAGAGCUUCGACUUUCACAUCCACCAUCAGUCAUGUGUUCAUUCCUCUGAUAAGGACUCCUACAUUUCCUAUUGGAUGAAGGCCUCAAAAAAGACAAAAUCCCACGGCAGCCCUGCAGCUGUAAAGCUUCAGAAGGAUGGCUAUCGACUCCCAUCUCAUGAUGCCCUGGCACAGAUCCUACCAGAUUACCGGCACCUCGUCAGGGAAGCUGAGACUGAGCCCCAAAAUGCAGCCCACCAGGAGCAGGAGAGCCCCGCUCAGAGGGCAGAAGCUACACAGGCCAGCAAACCCAAUAUAAACCACACAUAUCACGUACAUCAUCCACAUAAACGACCCCAACUGCAUCACUCUGAGGAUGAUCCCAACAUGGCAGAGAUCACCAACCUCCAAACUAAGGAGGUGGAAAACUAUCGUUCGGCCAUGAGUAAGAUGGCAGAGGACAUCAUUGCGCUGAGGACGCAGGUGGUGACGUUGGAGGCAGAAAACAGCCAGCUCCGUAGCGAUCUGUCUCUACACCAGGACUUAGGCCGCGAUCUGCUGGAUGACACAGACAUCGACGUCAUGACCAAGGCUGAGAUUGCUGACCGUAUAGCCUCCCUGAAAUUCAAGCUGGCCAGUGAGACCAGUAAGGCGGCCUUGCAAAGGGACAGGAUCCAACAGCUGCAGAAUGAGCUGAUCAAGAAGAAUGACAGUGAGAAGGAGCUACUAAAACUUCAGAGAACCCUUCAGAAGCAGAAGGAAGAUCUGCAGCACCACCAGAGUCCCUUUGCAAAGUUGGCUACUUUGGAGGCAACAGUCAAACAGCAGGAAAAGGUUAUUGAGAGGAUGGAGAAAGCAUUAAAUAGCAAACUCAGAGAGAACAACAAAAAACACAGAGAUAAGACUGACCGCAGAACGGAAGAGAUAGAGUCAGCCUUGGCAGCAGAAAACACUCGUCUCCGACAUGAGCUGGACAGGAUUCGCAGGCAGCCUGCCCCUGUCAUUGUACAGCAGUCAGUACAGACAAAAGACGCACUACCUCUCAAAGAGAGACUGAGUCUACUAAAUAAACUGGAGAGGGCUGAGGCAAGAGUCCAAACACUGGAGGCUCAGCUGGAGGAGAACUCUAAAUUGUGGGGGAGACAAAAACAGGAAAUAUUGAACAAACUAAGUGAGCACAAGCACGGUUUUGUCUGAAUGUCCACCAUAAUUCUUCAUAAUGUCUCUUCUGUCAGUUUAGCACAGUUAGCCUCCAUUUUACAUAUUCUGCUGUAUUUUAUUAGGUAUUUAACAAAGAAUAACUUCCCCAACUGCUUUUAACUUCUGUAUCAGAUUCCUUAUAUCAGCAAAGCAACGGGAAGCAGAAACCUGGAAAUGACCUGCAACUGAGCCACAGGGCAAAGAAAUAGGUUUAGACAUUAAAAUAUGUAAUUAAAUUACAUAUUACAAGACAUGUUUUGUGA